AUGGAGGCUGGCCCAAACACAGUUCCCGACGCCACAUAUUCUCAGUGGUUUGAUUCUAUCAUCGAUUAUGGGCAGGAACGAAAUGUUGGGGGAACCGAUGGUGACCAACAGCUAUACAUGCAAGAACGAGCGGAGGCGAAUUCGCAGCCAGGGACGACCAAAAAAUCCAAAGGACGAAGGCAUCUAAGCAAAGGUUCAAAACAAGCUUUACAAAAAUGGUUUAUGAGCAAUAUCCAACAUCCAUAUCCUUCGGAAGUCGAAAAACAAUCAUUAAGCAAGGAGACGGGUCUCAGUGUACGUCAGGUGGCUGACUGGUUUGCAAAUACGCGGCGUCGAAGGAAAUACAAGACGGAAACUCCCUCGCCACUCAUACAGGCAAAACCACAAUCUAUUACUCCAUCACCAAUUCCUGUACCUUUAGCACCAAUGGCUUGGGAAAGCAUGAGUCCGCUUGAUCGUUGGCGCCACUCGCCCCCGGAUCAAGAGCCUGCUCCCUUAACUGCAAUAACUGAUGCAGUACUCAAUGUUGGGACCAAUACGCAGAACCAUAUUCCUCAAGACUGGAGCUUUUUUGACUCUAGUGACUCUAGUGUUGGAACGUCAGUAGGCUCUUUUGGGUCAUCUAUUUCGGGUAGAUUGAGCCACUCCCCCAGCAUAGUAGGCAGUGGUUCGGAAAGCAGCGGGCCCUUAAAGAACAGUCGAAGACGGCGACGGCGGUAUCGGCCUAAUUCACCUACGAAAACGUCUCGGAAACGCCGAGGUGCUACUGAGGACCGGAUAUAUCAGUGCACCUUUUGCACAGACACUUUCAAAUCGAAAUAUGAUUGGACAAGGCAUGAGUCAACGCUUCACCUCACACUGGAAGCCUGGGUAUGCCAUGGACAUCAAGGGGUCUACAUUGACGACAAAGGAAGAAAAUGUAUCUUUUGCGACGUUCUGGAUCCUUCAGAUUCCCAUCUCGAACAGCACAACUUUGACAAAUGUGCGAAAAAACCGGAAUCCGCGAGGACUUUUUAUAGAAAGGACCACCUGACCCAACACCUCCGCUCAGUGCAUAACUCUAAGCGAGUUACAACCGGGAUGGCAGAGUGGAAAUCAAAACUGGAUCAAAUAAAUUGUCGAUGUGGAUUUUGUGGUGAACGAUUCUUGCUUUGGUCCCAGCGUAACGCACAUAUUGCAGAGCAUUUCACAGAUGGCGUGAAAAUUAAAGAUUGGAAAGGAUGCCGUGGGCUUGAUCCAUCAAUAUCUUUGCUGGUGGAGAAUGCCAUGCCACCUUACUUGAUAGGAAUGGAAGCCGGAUCAUUCGAACCCUUCCGUGCAUCACAGGGAGGUCGAGCACGUUCCGAUCACGAAUCAUCCGAUCAGGAAAUCCCACCGCCAAGUGGUACAAACUGUUUUGAAGAAUUGACAGCACAACUUAGCGAGUAUAUCAUGGCUGCCCGAGCAACUGGAACCAACAUCAAUGACGAAGAUAUUCGACGGGAGGCGCGGAUCAUUACAUAUGGCGACGAUGAUCCCUGGAAUCAGACCGCAGCCGACAACCCACAGUGGUUGGAGUAUUUCAAGCAGGGGCAUGGUAUCCCUAGCGGGGACGGGGCGUUAGAUUUAUCGACACAAAGCGAUUUUGACCUCUGUAAUUUUACAGCGGACCUAGAUCCUAGUUUUGGAGCUUUAUUUGGGUUUAGCCAGACGGCCACUGGCUAUGGAAAUCUACCUUUGAAUUGGCGUACACCGGAAUGUCUUGCCGAAAUAACGAGGUGGAGAAACCUGACACAAUGCAACUCCAGUUAUGAAUGUCAGGAUCCAGAAUCAGGUUUACCUUGA